AUGGGUCUCCCCGGUUUUCAGGUUGAAGUGGUUUACUCUUACAACGAUGCUGUUGUGUCUUGCACGAGGAGGAUGUCGAGUUUCGUGUUGGUCUCAUCGCAAACACAGAGAUUUUUAGCUGCUAUGUUGUCUAAUCAGAUAUUUGUUAAUAAUUUUCUUAAAGAGGUCUCUAAGAGAAUAGCGAAGAGAAACAUGAUCUUCACGGAAGGGCUUAGAAAUGGGAGUUUCUUGCUUGGCAAGUCAAGAUCAAUGUCUCUCCUGGCUCUUCGUUUCACUGCUCUGAGCCAGGCUGGUUCCGAGUAUGCUUUGCUACUAUGGACGAAGACACACUCCAAACUGGACUACAAAGAAUGA